CGCGGGCCAUGGGGCCCGGCCGGGCGGCCUGAGCCCCCCGAGGCCCGGAGGGCUUCCGGGAGGAGGCGCCGAGGAUGUGCCCCGGGAUGGGCCCGGCCGGGACGCGGCCGCUUUGGCCGCGCUGGUCCCCGCUGCUCUUCGGCCUGACGGCCCUCUUCUCCAAAGCAACAGAGAGCCGAGGCAUUCUGGAGAGCAUUCAGAGGUUUUCUCUGCUGCCCACCUAUCUACCAGUGAGUUAUCAUAUCAACAAUGCAGACGUUUCCUUUUUUCUUAAAGAAGCCAACCAGGACAUCAUGAGGAACUCCAGUUUGCAGUCCAGGGUGGAGUCUUUCCUCAUCUACAAAGCCAAGAGGCCCCCCAUGUUGAACGCUAGCUAUGGACCUUUUUCUAUUGAACAGGUAAUACCCCAGGACCUAAUGUUGCCUUCAAAUCCAUUUGGAUCCACCAAUAAGUUUCCCCUCAACUGGAAGCUGAAGGCAUACAUCCUGAGUGAGAAGAUUUACCCGAACAGGCCCAAAGUCCAGAUCUUGUUCUACAUCGCGGGCAGGGAUUGGGACGACUACAGCACGGCGGAAAGACUGCCUUGCCUGAGGGUGUUCGCUUUUCGGGAGACCCGGGAGGUGAGAGGCAGCUGCAGGCUGGCCGGGGACCUCGGCCUGUGCGUCGCGGAGCUGGAGCUCCUGUCCGGCUGGUUCAGCCCCCCGACGGUCGUCGCCGGGCGGAAGAAGGCCCCGGGCCAAUCGGAAGGGAGUCCUGUGGAACUUUACUACACCAUCCAACCGGGGGACGAGAAGGGAGAGUGCAUCAAGGAGGAUACAAGGAAAAGCAAUGGAAUCCGAUCGGGCCACAAUGACGUUGAUGAAUCAGGUCCACCUUUACGGAGGAUUGGGAGCGUUUUUCUUUACCAGACGCACAGUCGCCCUUCUCUAAGUGAAAUCCGAUUAGAUAACAAUGUUGCCAUCCAUUACGUACCAAAGACGGUCAAGCAAGGGGAUACGCUGACUUUUCCCGUUUCGGUUUCCAAAAAUUCAACGGAGGAUCACUUCACACUCAGAGCAAAAGUGAAGAAAGGAGUUAAUAUUAUUGGUGUAAGAGCCACCAACCCAUACUUAUGGGAUGUUAAAGAGAGCAUGGAUUAUCCUGGGAAAUAUGCACCAGCAGUUAUCAUCUGCCAGAGGAAAGCUGCUACGGCUCCUGAAAAUAGCGCAAAUGGUCCUUCCUAUGAAGUUAUGCAGAUUGACAUAGAAAUCGAAGAUGUGAGUGACCUGCCGGCAACCCAGCUGAUCACGUGGCAGGUCGAAUAUCCCGGAGAGAUUUCCUCUGACCUGGGGGUGUCAAAGAUAUACGUGAGCCAGAAGGAUUUGGUUGGAAUCAUCCCGUUGGCCAUGGAAGCAGAAAUCUUGAAUACGGCCAUCCUCACGGGGAAGACAGUGGCGGUGCCUGUGAAGGUGGUCUCUGUGGAGGAGGAUGGAACAGUGACAGAUCUGGUGGAGUCCGUGGAGUGCAGAUCGUCUGAUGAGGACGUAAUUAAGGUUUCCGACAGGUGUGACUAUGUCUUUGUCAAUGGGAAGGAAAUGAAAGGCAAAGUGAACGUCAUUGUUCAUUUUACCUACCAGCAUCUGAGCGCCCCGCUGGAGGUGACAGUCUGGGUUCCUCGGCUCCCUCUGCAGAUAGAGGUGUCUGACACGGAGCUAAAUCAGAUCAAGGGAUGGAGAGUCCCCAUCAUCUCUAAUAAGAGGCCUGCCCGAGACAGCGAUGACGAAGAAGAGGAUGAGAGGAGAGGCAGGGGCUGUGCUCUCCAGUACCAGCGUGCGAUGGUGAGGGUGCUGACCCAGUUCGUGGCUGAACCUCUGGACCCCGGGGGACAGCUGGCCCACUUGCUGGGCUCCGACUGGCAGGUGGACAUCACGGACCUGGUGAAUGACUUCAUGCAAGUGGAAGAGCCAAGAAUAGCACAGCUGCAAGGAGGACAGGUUUUGAUUGGGCAGGAGCUUGGAAUGACAACCAUCCAGAUCCUGUCUCCCUUGUCGGACGCCAUCCUGGCCGAGAAGACCGUGACCGUGUUAGAUGAGAAGGUGACAAUUACAGACCUCGGGGUCCAGUUGGUCACGGGGCUGUCCCUCUCUUUGCAGCUGAGCACAGGAAGCAAUAAGGCUAUCUUCGCCACUGCAGUAGCACAGGAGCUUCUCCAAACUCCCAAACAGGAAGCGGCCAUCAGCUGCUGGAUCCAGUUCAGUGAUGGUUCAGUCAUGCCCUUGGAUAUUUAUGAUGGGAACGACUUCUUCCUGAUGGUGACAUCCCUGGAUGAGAAAGUGGUCUCCACCCGCCCGGAUCCCAAGUUCAAGUGGCCUGGGGUUGUUGCUGAAACAGAAGGACAAGGGGCACUGGUGAAGGUGGAAAUGGUGAUCAGUGAGUCGUGCCAGAAGUCGAAGAGGAAGAGUGUCUUAGCUGUAGGGACGGGCAACAUCAAGGUGAAAUUUGGCCAAAAUGAGGCCAACCCCAACGUCAGUGAGAGCGGUCACGGCGGGGCCGGGGUUCACUUGGAAAAUCACGCCAGCGACAGGAAGCAAAAAACCUUCCAUGAGAGAGUAAGGCAAGACGGGCAGUACUACAGCAGCAGUUCCAUGGACCGCGUGGAAGGCAGUCAGAUCUACCCGACAGACAGAUCCACCCUGCAGAAGAAGGAAGACCAGGAGAGCCUUCUAGAUGAUGACAGCCAUCUGCAGACCAUCCCCAUCGACUUCACCAGCUUCCCGGCCCAGGUUGAUCUGCCGAGGAGCAAUGGGGACAUGGAGGAGAACGACCUCGGGCAGGCAUCCAGGGGGCUGAGCGACUUAGAGAUCGGGAUGUACGCUUUGUUGGGGGUGUUCUGCUUGGCCAUCUUGGUCUUCCUGAUUAACUGUGUGACCUUCGCUUUGAAAUAUAGGCACAAGCAGGUUCCCUUGGAAGAGCAAGAGGGCAUGAAUCACUCGCAUGACUGGGUUGGGUUGAGUAAUCGGACGGAACUCUUGGAGAAUCACAUCAGUCUCUCGUCCCCUCAAGACGAACAGAUUACCGCCAUUGACAGGGGGGUGGACUUCGAGGAGAGUAAAUUUCUCCUCAGUACAGCCUCUCAGAAGAACGUCAACGGCCAGGUUUUCAGGUCCUCGGAGUCCACCGUCGCCGAAGGGGAGGACCAGAAAAGCGUGCCCACCGCCUCCCCGACCUCGAAACGGAAACGAGUUAAGUUCACCACCUUCACCACCAUUUCAUCAGACGACGGGUGCCCCACUGUUAACUCCAUCCUAAUGAGUAGCGAGGAUGAUAUUAAAUGGGUUUGCCAAGACAUGGAUCUAGGGGAAUGCAAAGAACUCAGAAACUACAUGGAAAGGUUACAUGAAAAUGUGUAACUGUACUCUCCAGAACAAUUUUUUUCCACUCACCUUUCUGCCUUUAAUUUUGGGUAGUGGGGCCAAAAAGUAUCCCGAUGGAAAGUGAGGUGACAGUAAAAAAGGAGGGCUGGUGUCUUCUUCAGAGCCCCAGAAAACCACCCAAAAUCAGUUGGGAACGCCAAGAGCCUUGGCCGGUACAUGCAUUCCAAUGUGCAAACUCUUGCUCAAAGUUAAGUGCAUGUAAAGGCUUAGCGGGCAAGGCGCGAUUUUGAAAACUUGGGAUAAAGAAGAAUUCUCUUUCAUGGAGCUUUUCCAGAAAAGAAAGCUGUUCUCCUGAUUUUCUUUUUAAAUCAAAACAAUUUGGAUAUCAUCCAAUCCACCUGCCUCCAGUGUUCGACACUGCAGUCGGUGGAGAAAAGUUAAAACAAGGUGCAGAAUUAAGGGUUCCCUGCGAGUAAGUGUAUCAUUUCAAAAAGGAGCAGAGGAUCUGCCUGCAACCGUUACUAGGAGCUGUGGAGGCCGGUCCCUCACCAACAGCCAAGAAGUGACUUUGCACUGAUAGGAUUUCCCCAAGAACCAAGCGAAAACGGCCCGGGGGUGGGGGUGAGCCGCCGAUGAGAACUGAAAGGGACCAACUGUACAAAUCAGGGGAAACUAUCUUUUUAACUAAAUGCUGAACAAUAAAUGUGGCUGGAUGAUCUUGAAUGUUCCUGAAUUUGUAAACUUAGGAGGAGAUCUACUCCCGACAUCCGUAUACUGGACCUGGAAUUUCCAGAAGGCUCAAAGAACAUAGCUCUUUUUAGCGAGUUCCUCUGGUCUGACUCUCAAGUUGGAAUUUGUACCCCCCGAUAGCAUCCCUGACACUCUGUAAGCGUCUUGCCAUUGUCACUGUGGGUAUUUUUAAAUGUUCAUCGGGUUUGCUGGGUGCUUGGCAUUCCCUGCUCCCUUUCUUCCCUCCCCACCCCCCACCAAAACCUCUCAGCUCCGCUUUGGCUCACAGGUCUGUCCAACCGAACAGAGGCCUCUGGGCUCAUUUGGAACUACCGCUUCUUGUGUUGUAAUUUUCCUAAAGUAGCCGGUCUUUUGGGGGUAAGUGAUAUUCAAGCUGAACUCAACACCAACUGGUUGUCUUGUUCCCCUCCCCUUCCACAAAAAGAAUUGCCAUAUUUUUGAUGGUGCUUCUUGGCCCCGUGCCCGAGGGCUUCCAUUAGAGGGUGGGAAGAGGCAGGAAGUGAGGUCCCUUCGUGCCCAAGGUCGAAUGAAACCCCAAGAGCAAACCAUCUGGGAAACGUUUCUUCCUAGGGGGCAGGGGAAUCCCCACUAGAUUGUAAGCUCCUUGAGGACGGGUAUCGUGUCUACCAGCCCUAUUGUACUCUCCCAAGCUCUUAGUACAGUGCUCUGCACACGGUAAGUGCUCUAUAAAUGUAAUUGAUUGAUUGAUUGGGGCCUAGCAUUUCUCAUUCACUGAAGGUAGUGGAUAUCCCGUGCGUGUCGAUGAUAUUUUUCUCUGAACGUAAGUGUCCUCCACCCUCCAAUCGUGACGAUGUCGGUUUGGACCCAUGUAAGUGCGCCAAGUCGUGGAGCCGUGUGCUAGGACUUUGGGGUUGACUUCAGGGGCUUUUCCUCUUUUGUUUUGAAUAAUUAGAUAUUUUCCAUGAUGAUGUGUUGCAUCCCGAUGCUCCCUUUCGGUCACUCUCUCUGGGUCUUUCCACUCCAACACCCCGAACCACUGCCUCAAUCAAAAUCCAUCUCUAUUUAGAAUGUAUUGUAGAUUAUAAGAAUGUAAUAUAUAUUUAUAAACAUGCCAAGUGUAAAUAAAAUUUGCAUUCAGUGGCUUCA